AUGGAUGCUUUGGACUAUUACGGCAGCGACAAGGCACGUAUAGACCUUCAAAAUAAGGAGAUAUCGGGGAAGAAAUCAAUAGCAAAGUAGUCGAUGAUAAAGCAAAAGAGUAAUAAAGUCGACAAGAGAAACUAGAGUGAAUUUGACCUCUCAAAGUACCAAUAUGACCCUAAAGCAAGUCAAAUUGUGAGAGGGUCAACAUUUGGGUCCAAGAACAAUAAUGGGUACAACCCCAAAUUCGGCAAAACCAACAUGCUUGUCAGAAAUUUAAGUGUAGAAGAUAGAGGAGCACUAGGCAAGGGCAAUAAGACAAAUAAUGAUCAAUAAAUCAAAAAGACAUCAUAGUAUAAAAUCUCAAAUAUAGACAAAGAGCCAAUCCCGCUAAAUGACGAUUUGGUGUGUUCAGAUCACUUUGACCGUCAUUUCUCUACACACAUUGAAGGAGAAAACUUUUUCGAUUAGUUGUUUGAAAAUCAAGAAACUUAGCACAAUCAUAAUUAGAAUUGCUCGCAUCAUAAACAUCUCAGUGGGAAUAACAAUGGGAUCUAAGCAAGAUCUUUUGAUAAUAGUACCCUUGCGCCUGAUUCAUUAUAAGUUUAUCAAUAGCAUUUGCCUGAGUCUUAAAGUUUAGCAACUCCUGACAAAUUUCCAGACAUUUAAUAGGCAUCUGGGGCAAAGGAGAUCAGAUCGCUUUCAUUUGAUCUUAAAGAAGGACAAGAUGAUGAAAUAGUAAAGGGGAUUGACAAAGCUCGUAAAUUAACUACACUUAAUGCGGUUCCCUUUGAAAUGAACUUUGAUGAAUCUGUUUAGUAAUUGAAAGCAGAAGAACUUAGAAAAAUGGAAUCAGAAUAGUCUAAUGUAGAUUUCCUUAUCGAUGAAACAGAGAUGAGAAUGCAGUAAAGCCAAGACAUAGAAAAUCUCAUACACUAAGAGCUAGAGCUUAAUACCGAGGCUCAUGACAUCUAGGUCGGUGUAUAAGACCCUUCCCGAAUGAGAAUGAAGUAUCUGUAGAAGUUAACGAAGGAGUAAAUUUGGAUUCCUCCCCUAAUGCAGCCUAAGGCGAGUUAAAACGUUAUAAUAUUUGAUUGGGACGAUACCCUUUUCCCGACUACCCAUUUGAAUCCAGUGGACGAGAUGUCUUAUGAUUAUCUUUUUGAGAAAUACCGAUAAUAACUGAAAGAGAUUGAGGAAAAUGCUAUCACACUUCUUAAUAACUGUCUCAAGGAAUCUAAGGUAGUCAUUGUGACUAAUGCCAAAAAAGGUUGGGUGGAGUUCUCAUCAAGUCGAUUCAUGCCAGAUCUCCAUAAGAUAGUCAUGAAAAAGGUUAAGAUAGUCUCAGCUAGAGUGCUAUUUGAGGAUAAAUUCCCUUAUGACACCUUUAAAUGGAAGGAACUCGCUUUUGCAUAGCUUUGGGAUUUAGAUGGAUUCUUAGACAAAGCAGCCAUUACAAAUUUAGUGGCAGUGGGAGAUGCCGAAUACGAAAUGGAAGCUGCUAAGAACUUUGCCAGCUUGAGUGAUAGAUGCUUGAUUAAGCUUGUGAAGCUGAGAGAAUGCCCCUCAUUUGAAGAACUUAGAAAGGAACUUGCUGUAGUCAAUGAUAAGUUUGGCUACAUUUUCUCAUCAUUCAAAAAUCUCACUAUAAAGUUGGAAAGGUAAGAAUAAAAAUAAUUAAAUAAAUAUCUUUGUAGAAUAAAACCACAAGAGGGUCAGUCUUAAUGA